CCAGGGCACAAAGCAGAGCCGCCUUUGUGCGCUGCCCUGCUCCCAGGCUGGCCAGGGGAGCCUGGCAAUACGGCUGCGCUGCUCAGCGCCACCGGCUGACGCAGAGCUGCUCCAAAAGCUGGAGGUGCCAUGAGGAGCGCCCUGAGUGAGAGCCGGAGGCAGGAGAGAGCUGCGCUCAUGCUGAGAGCGGCUGCUGGGAGUUAGGGUUAUAAAAGCUCCGUAUGCCACUUCGAAAAGCACCCGAAAAGGAGCAGAUUGGUAUCGCUGUUUUUGCACGACACUUGCCUGUGAUUUUAACUGUUUUCUUCCUGGCACACUCCAGUCAACCUUUGCAAAGAUUUCCUAGACUGUGUCCUUCUUCACUGGGCAGGUGCAGUCCAAACCUGUUCAAUGCGGGCUCUGGGAUUUUUUUCAGCACACUCACGGAAUAUACGUGCUCUAAAUGCCUACAAUACAGAGGAAUCCAGCUACUUGUAAUGGGAUGCAUUUGCAGAGAGGAAGAAUUCCUCAUUUAAGAUGGGUAAUAAGCAAACGAUAUUUACUGAUGAACAGCUAGAUGCCUACCAGGAUUGCACGUUCUUCACUCGAAAGGAAAUCCUUCGGUUGCAUGGCCGAUACUAUGAAAUGGCACCAAACGUUGUGCCCAUGGACUAUACAAAGGACCCAGAUGUUAAACUACCUAUGCAGCUUAUAAUAAACAUGCCUGAGCUAAAGGAGAAUCCCUUCAAAGAAAGGAUUGUGGAGUCUUUCUCAGAAGAUGGAGAGGGGAGCCUGAGCUUCAAUGACUUUGUGGAUAUGUUCUCCGUGCUCAGUGAAAUGGCUCCCCGAGAGCUUAAAGCAAUCUAUGCCUUCAAGAUCUAUGAUUUUAACACAGAUAACUUCAUUUGUAAAGCAGACUUGGAAAAAACCCUCAAUAAGCUGACCCGGGAAGAGCUGACAGCAGAGGAAAUCACUCUGGUUUGUGAGAAAGUGAUAGAAGAAGCUGACAUGGAUGGUGAUGGGAAAUUAGGAUUUGCAGAUUUUGAAAACAUGAUUUCCAAGGCACCGGACUUUCUCAGUACUUUCCACAUAAGAAUCUGAAGAUGUUUCUGCCAGUCCAGCCUGUCUGAAUUUCAGGCACUCCAGGGGCUUUUGUCCUCUAAUGAGAGCUUCUUAGAACUCAGCAGAAAGUACUGAAAUAAUUCUGGUCCACAAAGAGACAGAAGCAUCAUGUGAUCUACAGGAUAUUUGGAACAGACACAUUUUUAUCUUCACUGCUGGCCAUGCUCUCUGGCAAAGAUGGUUGAUUGUUGGAUUGUGGUUUUUCUUUUUUUCCCCCCUUUUUUUAACAGUCAUAAUCAGAAUAUUAUUAAAGGUAUUUCCACAUAGUUUUUAUAUUUAUGAAUAUUUAAUAUUGUUCUUAAAAGUUAAAUAUUGAGAGAAGAGAAAUAUUAGCUUUGGUGUGUUUUCCAAGAGUAUUUGAAAGAAAGCACGGGCCUUAAAUAAUGAGAUGCCUCUAUCACUGUGUACAGUUGGGAUCUUGCCUAGAAAAUACCUGAGGUGAAAGAACUGCACUCAAGAUCAAGCUCCCAGGGUUGAAGACAACCACAGCCCAGGUUUGCCUUUCAGCCACUGAAAUGGCAGCUGCUGGCUUUGGUGCUUACCUUCAACCAAUAUUUCAUGGAUUGUUGUGUCCUUAUAAAACUUGAAAUAUUUGCCUUUUAUAUAUGAUAACUGCAUAUAUGAUUAAUUUCUUCUCAAGAUAAAUGUUAAAACUGUGUCUUUAUUCUCAAAGGGGCUCCUGCAUUUUACUCAUUCUAUGGGCUGAUAAUGUUGAAUGGAGGAACAUGGUCACCUGUAACUCCUGAAGAAUUUGAAGAAGCACAGAUCUACUAUUAAGGACAUGAAAAGAUAUUUUCUUUCUAAACAAGCUAUGCAAUCUCUCCCAUAAAAUGCAUAAAUGCAGUUCUAUGUUCUUCUUUCCCCUCCAGCUGGAAAUCAGCUAGACCUUUUUGGGUUUGUUUUUUUUUUUACUUCCAGUAUUGUUUAAGUACUGGGGCCUGAAGACAAUCAUAUGUAUAUUAAUUACUGUUCUAACAGUUAAUAGAAGGGCUCUGUCAUUUACAUGGCUUCUGUAUCAAAGUCAUCACAAUUAAAACUUUUGAAGCCUUC